ACUGAUAAAAUCUCUGUACCGCAAGGAAUAAAUCAGAAGCAGUUCAUGAAGUCAAUAAAAACCUGCGUACGGGAUACACCUGAUAAAUCGUCAAAAACUGACUACAUUUAAGAAGGCAAUAGAAACAUUGUUUGGGGUUUGAGACUGUUUUUUAAUAAAGUCAACAAUGGAACCAAUUCUUGAAGCCGUUGCUUUAAUUCUUGGCUUUUUGGGCUGGGUGAUGGUUGGCAUCACGCUACCCAACCGUUACUGGAAGGUCUCCUCCAUAGAUGGGACUGUUAUUACCACAUCAACAAUUUACGAGAAUCUGUGGAUGUCCUGCGCCACGGACUCGACGGGAGUGCACAACUGCCGCGAAUUUCCAUCUUUGCUUGCAUUAUCUGGGUAUAUCCAGGCGUCCCGGGCUCUUAUGAUCGCUGCAGUGGUGUGUGGGACUUUUGGAGUGGUGGCUACACUCAUCGGCAUGCAGUGCUCUAGAGCCUGUGAAGGCAAUGAUGUCCUUAAAGGCAGAAUUGCUGGCACUGGAGGUGUAUUUUUCCUUCUUCAAGGUCUCUGCACGAUGAUAUCAGUGUCAUGGUAUGCGUUCAACAUCACUCAGGAUUUCUUCAAUCCACUCUACCCUGGCCAAAAGUAUGAGAUUGGAGAGGGUUUAUACAUUGGCUGGGCAUCUGGUACUCUAGCCAUCUGUGGUGGAGCUUGCCUCAUGUUUUCCUGUCAAUUUGGCACAAAAGAAAAGAAAUACAUAUACCAGCCAUCGCGUGGGACUGCCUACUCAGCAUCCGCAUCCAGGAAAGACGUUCAAAGCACUUAUGACAGAAAUGCAUAUGUCUGAAUGAAAAAUUUUGGAUUGAUUUUGGAUUGACUGUUGAAAGUUUUAUGCCUAUGGUUUAUCUGGGCAAUGAUGUAAAUAUUUAUACUUUAUGCAUUUUGUGGACACUUAAAAAUAAUUCAUUAAUCAAAUUAAAUGUUACUUUGCCAGUUUUGCAGUGCAAACAUGUAUCAUAUAUAAUGCAAACAUUAUACUGAACUAUUAUCUUUAAAUCUCUGUACAGGACGUACAUUCUGAAAUUACUAGUGUGUAUUUGCUCAAAUUUAAGAUUUUAUUUGUACCCAAGAUGUUGUUUUAAGUACAUUAUUAUUUUGUCACAAUAACAUGAAUCAAGUUAAAAGUUCACUAAUAGCUUGAUUAUCUUGUAUCCAUUUAUAUUACUCUGUUUUGUAUUAUGUUUUAUACAAACAAUAAAUAAGGAUGACUAAAAUGUCACAGUUAUAUUUUUCGGCGUGUUUUGUGUAAUUUUUAUCAUUGAAAAUGGGAAUAGCAUAGAUGUAUCAAGUUUUAGCCACAAUGUUGUAUUUACAACAGUUUUUGUUACUAUAGAUUAAAACAGUAGUUUUUUUUUACAAAAAUAAAAAAGUAAAUAUUUGUAUUGUUUUGAUUUUAUAAUAGUUACAAUACAUGUAUCCACAAUACCAUUGUAUUUUUACCCUUUUCUAAAAUGU